AUGAAGCUUUCAAGCUUUUUUGUUCUGGCGAAAGUUGGCUUUUCGGCAGAUUUGGCUGAGUUUGACGCGCGAUGCCCUGACUUGGAGCUUGGCCAACAGUGUGAUACUGAAUGCUCGGAGGUUUUCGUUGACUGCCGCAACAACUGUUCUGAUCAUCUUUGUGAAAAUCAAUGUCUGAUUGAGUUCACAGAAUGCGUCUCGGAUUGCCCCUGUGGACAGAAUUGCCCAAACGGAUGUCAGGACUGCGAUAACCCUCUCUGCACAACUUGUGAUAACUUAGAAACGGACUUUGAAUUUCAGCAAUGCAAAGUAAUUGCGCUAGAAGAAUUCGACCACUGCGCGAUGAAUUGUUUGAACAACUGGGGCUGCAUCGAUAAUUGCUACAAUCGAGAAAUCUUGCAAGGCUUUUCGCAAUGCAAAUGCUUUGACGAGAUUCCUUCCAAGUCAACAGAAUAUCUUACCAUUCUAUCGGAACAUGAGAACUAUAGUGGCUCAUCAUAUAAUCUCGGCUAUGUUACGCAUGUUAACGGCGUGUACUCUGGGUUUGUUAAUUCUCCUUAUACGUGGACGCAGCUUUUUGAUGGCACAAAAACCAUUCUUUCAAAUUACAAUACUGAUGCGGACCAUGAAGGGGGCUGCAUGGCUCACUUGAAUAAUCAACCUGUUGCAAUCGGCGGAGACGGCGGACGUUAUGUGGAAUUGCUUAGAUCAAACGGAUGGACUCAUCUUGACCCGCAUCCAAUGGAAAACAACUAUUAUGCAGGAUGUCUAGGAUUUGGACAAGAUAUGGUCACGAUUGGAGGAUACGGUGGAUCGAGCAGAGUCUAUAAAUAUAGUGGUCAAUCCGGGACCUGGUCAUUAUUGGGAUAUUUGCAGCAAGCGCAUAUGUACAAUACUGUUAUUGAAUUGAACGGUUACAUCUACAGUACUGGCACAACCUACUGGCGACGAAAGAACAAAAACGAAAAGAGUGCUGAUGCAGGCGAAGAUGACUCUGAUGAUUCUCGUCGGUACUACACAACUGUUUCUCCACAAGGAGAUGCCGGAAUAGAGCGAAUCCAAAUCUUCAAUUCCAGCAUUUCAUCUGAAAUCAUCUCUUUGCAUGAGUCGUACGGUCAUUACCGCCCAGUUCUCUUCCCGACUGGCCAGUUCGACUGCUCAACACCGGUUUCGAAUCGCACAGAAAACUCUACGUAG